GUUACAUUGUUUAUGUCAUACAAUAUGAUAUUUAUUUGAAGUAUUGUUGUAUGUUUUUGUUAGUUUUUUUUAACUGCUUUCCUUUAGCCCAAUCAUUUUGAAGAAUCGUUUCAAGAUUUGUGCUUUUUGUUGAGGAGCUUUUUUGGCGGUUCAGUAUGUCGGCGACUGUUUUAACAGCAAACGAGCAACCUCCAAAGAAGAUCGAUAUUGAUUUUUCUAGUGCAAGACGAACAAGUUUUCUACCAGAUGUCUUAUUAAAUGAAUCUGAUAGUAUUCAGGGUCCAUCCAGUUUGAAGGGUGUUAAAAUUUUAGAAUGCCACGAAGAUGAUGAAGUCUUCUCUUCCAUGUACGUUAAACAAGCAGAAUUCGAACAUAGAGCAUUAAAACGAUUUUGCACCGGCAGCAAAUACUUGGGCCAAUGGAGUAAACUGGGAAUAGCGGGAAAAGGAAUAUACAAAUAUCCGCAUGGAGUAAUUUACGACGGUUAUUUUAAUCGAAAUGGCGAAUUUCAUGGCACCGGAAUUCUGGUUUACCCGAAUGGCCAAAAAAUCGAGGGGAUAUGGAGAAACGGAAAGUUGGGCGAUAAUUCCAACUUUGUGACCAAAGCCGGAAUAGUAAUGAAUAAAAACUACUGCAUGCUGCCAGACCGAAGGUUCCAAAUCGAGUUCGAAAACGAUUUUAACCCACCUGGUGAAGAAUACCUCACAAAUCAGAUGCCACCACCCCGAAAUAUUCCACAUGAUUGCUACGAUUUGGUGGAAGGUUUUUACGAUCCUCGAGUAAAGACGGUGUAUGCACAUUCGAAAGAUGGUGCAUCCAACAUGCAUGUUAUCGACAGUAAGCAAUCAAUGUUCAGCGGACGGAAAUCAGCCAAUUGUCUUCGGAAGGAAAGUAAAUAUCCAGAUACAGCUGUAGAAGAUGAAUAUGGAAAUACUAACAGCAACCCUUUACUUAAUGAAAUGUUAGCUGAGGGAAAGUUUGGGGAUACUCGAGAGAUAUCUUGGAUACCAACUGCACUACAAGAAAAUUGGAUAACUCAUAAUUGUCGAAAAGCAUGGGAUGAAGCAACGGGUUACAGACCAGAUCUGUAUGAAGAAUGGACGAAAGGUUCUUCGGAUUUGCAGGAGGAAACUGGAGCAACUUCUGAUGAAAAACACAAAAGCAUUUUAUGCAAACUAGCGCUCACAGAGAAAAAGACCGACCCUAAUAAAGCAGACGAACCGCAAUUCUACAGUUUCAUUCAAACCAAAAAAGAUGACCAAGAAAUGAAAACACUGAAUACAUUGAGAAAAAUGUUCUUGGGUAAGCCAAUAGAUCUAGCAGAUGUAGAGACCAGAGAUCGUGUUUUGUCGUUAAUAAGUGAAUCUUAUGAUUUACCCACUGAAAAGGCAUAGGUAAUCGAUGGUUAAGUGUAACUUCAAUAGUAACUAACUAAAUUGUAUAGAUGCUAAAUAAAUCACAAAGUAAAAAAAUAGUUUUAAUUGCCC